AUGCUGAUUGUAAACAUUCCGAAGGGAGUCUUUAACCAGAUUGCCCAACAGAUCUACGUGGGUGGCCAGGCACCCGCUGACUACGCCGCACCACCCUUCCAGAACAUGGCCGGCUUCCUGCCGCCAGGCCCUAAGUUUACGGGUGAAAUGCGCAACUUCUACUGGAACCAAUACGACUUCUUCGGAACACCCCGACUAGCCACCAAGUACACCACAGAAAUCCUGACUCCGCGACUUGAACUGCCCGAGUUUCCCAGUUGGCCCCGCGAACCCACCUACUCCAUAACCUGCAAUCCGGGCCUGCAGUGGGCUACCCUAGACAAACCCAUGGUGGCCAAGGACGCCGGUGACAUGUGGAUUGUGGAGUUUAAAACGCAGUACGAUGGAGUGCUUUUGCAUGUGAGUGUCAGGUGCAUUUGGCAAUUUAGCAUUUCUGGACAGACCUUUGGUUCUCGCAUGUAG